CCCCUCUUCCGUCCUUAACAUCACCUCCUUUUCCUUCUCUCUCUAUCUCUCUCUCUCUCUCUGUCUCCAAUGGGGAACCGAAGCAGAAUACUUCUUCGGACCACCCUCUUACCAUGUCUUGCACCUCUCUACUUAGCCUUCUUGCUGUAUCACCUGACCAGCACCGUCGCCGGCGGCUCGCCGUCUCCUUACACACCGGUCGAUAAUAUUGUCCUCAACUGUGGCUCUUCUACCAAUUCAACUGCAUUAGACGGUCGGACCUGGAUUGGAGACGAGCAUUCAAAAUUCUUCCCCGUUGAACAAUCACAAAACCAGGCAUCUCUAACAGCCAUCGCAGUUCAACAAUCCUCCUCCAACGAUAAAGUACCCUAUGCCAAUGCCCGGCUUUUUCUCUCCGAAUUCACCUACACGUUUCCAGUCACUGCCGGCCAAAAAUUCAUUCGACUAUAUUUCUAUCCGGCUUCGUACCUUAGCUUUGAUCGCUCUAACGCCCUAUUCUCUGUCAAAACCGGUCGUUUUACUCUUCUUAGCGAUUUCAACGCUUCACUUACAGCAGAUGCCGAAGGUGAUUCCGGGGAUACCAUAUUUAGAGAAUACUGUGUCAACAUCGAGAAGGAUCAGAGGUUGAACAUAACUUUCACGCCGAGCGGUUCUAAGGCAUAUGCAUUAAUCAACGGAAUUGAAAUCUUGUCGAUGCCUGCCAAUCUCUAUUACACUCCAUCUGACGAUAAAGGGUUUUCUUUUAUCGGCCAGCAGAACCCGUACGACAUCAAUAACAGCACUGCUCUCGAGACGGUGUACAGAUUAAAUGUUGGAGGCGGCUCCAUCUCACCCUCCGAAGACACUGGCAUGUUCAGGAGCUGGAGCCAGGACGACCCGUACUUCAGAGCAUCGGAAGUAUCUUUUGUAACUGUUAACAGAACUAUUGAACUAAAGUUUACCCAGGUGCGUGCGUACACUGCACCAGAAGACGUCUAUAAGACUGCCCGGACUAUGGGGAAUGACUCAACCAUCAACAAGAGAUACAAUCUCACCUGGGAAUUCCCUGUAGACUCUGGGUUUGAUUACCUUGUUAGGUUACAUUUCUGCGAGCAUCUAUCGGGGUUUACUCAGGAACACCAACGAGUGUUCCUUAUUUUCAUACAAAAUCAAACCGCUGAGAUAGGAGCGGAUGUGAUACGUUGGAGUGGUGGAAAUGGGGUUCCGGUAUAUAAAAACUACGCCGUUACAAUACUUAGCAAAGAAGGCGAGAAGAAAGUGAACAUCUCUAUCGCACUGCAAGCAAACCCGGUAGGCUCGAAGAGUCUUUACAGUGAUGCAAUCUUGAACGGUGUGGAAGUCUUUAAAGUAAGCGACUUUACUGGCAGUCUCGCCGGACCCAAUCCGGACCCACUUCCGUCCGCCCCUCCAACUGUUGUGCCUCCAACAACACCGACGAAGCCCAAGAAUAACAGAAGAGCAAUAGUUUCCGUUGUUGGUGGUGGAGUUUCCGGCUUGGUUGUGCUGUCUAUUCUCGGGUUCUUGAUUUUCCGGUAUCGCAGGAGAGUCAAGGACUCCGGCUUCAGUGACGGGACGAAUUGGUGGGGUCCAGUUUCUUUCAGUACGACCAAGUCAACAAAGACUCACAGGUCAUCUCUACCGUCCGCUCUGUGUCGUAACUUCUCAUUGGCUGAGAUUAGAGCAGCCACCAACAACUUCGAUGAUGUUUUCAUUAUUGGUGUCGGUGGGUUCGGUGACGUGUACAAAGGGUACAUUGAUGGUGGGGCUAAUCCAGUUGCCAUCAAGCGGUUGAAACCCGGUUCACAACAAGGGGCCAACGAGUUCGAGACCGAGAUCGAGAUGCUCUCCCAGCUUCGCCACAUCCAUCUUGUUUCUCUUAUCGGAUAUUGUAACGAUAGCGAUGAAAUGAUCCUCGUUUAUGAUUAUAUGGCCAAUGGAACCCUCCGUGAUCAUCUUUACAAUACCCACAAUUCUCCUCUUUCUUGGAAGCAGCGGCUGGAAAUUUGUAUUGGUGCAGCACGUGGGUUGAACUACCUUCACAGAGGCGCAAAGCAGACGAUCAUACAUCGUGAUGUGAAAACAACGAAUAUUUUAUUGGAUGAGAAUUGGGUGGCCAAAGUGUCCGAUUUUGGCUUGUCCAAAGUGGGCCCCUCUAGAAUGUCCAAAAGCCACGUCAGCACUGUGGUCAAGGGUAGUUUUGGGUAUUUGGACCCAGAAUAUUACAAACGUCAACAAUUGACUGAGAAGUGUGAUGUGUACUCGUUUGGUGUGGUUUUGUGUGAAGUAUUGUGUGCAAGGCCGCCCAUAAUACGUACUACAGAAACAGCAGUGGGCCUAGCGAGGUGGGCGCGGGAAAGUUGCGGCAGUGGAAAGGUUGAGGAGAUAAUUGAUCCAUCAAUAAAGGGUGAAAUGGGGAUUCGCUGCUUAAAGAAAUUUGUGGAGGUCGCGAUGAAUUGUUUACUUGACAACGGAAUCGAACGGCCAUCAAUGGAUGAUGUGUUGGGGGGCCUUGAGUUCGCAUUGCAAUUGCAAGAGAGUGCAGACGAAGAUGUCGGGCUUAAUGCGGUUGAAAUUGAGGAGCUGGAUGAUGAGAAAGGUCUCUUCCCGAAGUCUACACUUUAUGAUUGUGAUGACAUGUCUAGUAGCAGCGGUGGACAAGUGUCAAGUACAAAUAGCAACAGCAGGGUGACACUAAUGACCAGUGGAGAGCAAAGUUCCACUAGUACCAGUAGGGAUUCCGGUAAACUGAUGUCCUCUGGGACAAUAUUUUCUGAGAUUAUGAAUUCUAGC